UUUUAUCAAAAACCUGUCUAAUCUUAUCUUUUCACAAAUGUAUUUAUGGUAAGAUUAUUUUAUUUCAAGAAUUCAAGAAUACCUACUUAUGUGUGAGUAAUUUUAAACUUUAUGUCAUCGAUCUUACGAUCAAUAAUGGUGUAUAAAUACUCUUACACUCGAGCGUUGUAACGUAUUUGCUGGUUUUUAUUCGUCGAUAGUAGUUCGAGAAUUUAUUCUAUUUAUUAUUUCGUUUCGUGUCGAGGUCCUAGACCUGUCGAUCAGAAUAUUCGUUCUUGCAGAAGUCAACUUUCGAGGAUAACAAGUGAAUCACAACUCAACCAACCAUGAGUAAAAUUUACGAAGACAAUUCACUAACCAUCGGUAACACACCUCUAGUUCGUCUAAAUCGUAUCGGAAACGGUCGCAUUCUCGCAAAAUUGGAAUCACGUAACCCCAGCUUCAGUGUAAAAUGUCGCAUCGGCGCUAGCAUGAUUUGGGAUGCUGAAAAACGUGGCGUUCUAAAACCAGGAAAAGAGCUAGUCGAACCAACCAGCGGCAAUACCGGCAUCGCUCUAGCUUUUGUCGCAGCAUCACGUGGCUACAAAGCAACAUUAGUUAUGCCAGACUGCAUGAACGUAGAAAGACGAAAAUUAUUCAAGGCCCUAGGAGCCAAUCUAGUCCUAACCGAAGGAUCGGCCGGAAUACAAGGCGCUUUCGACAAAGCUGAAGAAAUCGCCUCUAGUGAUCCUGAACGGUACGUGUUACUGCAGCAGUUCAGCAACCCGGCCAAUCCAGCCAUUCACGAGAAAACAACCGGACCUGAAAUUUGGCAAGAUACAAACGGAGCCAUAGAUGUGUUUAUCGCCGGCGUAGGAACAGGUGGAACUUUUACCGGUGCCAGUCGUUAUCUAAAAAGCAAGAAUAACAAUAUACUUUGCGUUGCGGUCGAACCGUCCGAGUCUCCGGUCAUUUCUCAAACACUGGCUGGAGAAGAACUCCGACCUGGGACACAUAAAAUCAUCGGAAUUGGUGCUGGAAUAAUUCCCGAUAAUCUGGAUUUAUCAUUGGUCGGGCGGGUUGAAAAAAUCACCGAUGAUGAGGCCAUCGAAACAGCUCGUCGACUUAUGCUGGAAGAGGGUAUUCUGGCUGGGUUUUCCUCCGGAGCCGCUGUGGCUGCUGCUUUGAAACUUCAACAAGAGAAAGAGUUCGCUGAUAAGACGAUUGUGGUGAUUUUACCAUCUUCGGGCGAACGCUAUCUUAGCACUGUGUUGUUUGAUGGCAUGUUUACCGAGCCCGAAUUCCAGUAAAUGGAUUCUUUUUUAGUAGGUACCUAUCGACUUUUUAAAUCUACUAUAAGAAUUUUUUUCUUCUUUCGUUGUUUUUGUAUAAUAUUAUGGUAGGCACACUUGAUAAUAUUUUUGUGCAAAUUGGCAAAUAAAAUUACAAAUUUUCAAUGCGAUAA